AAAAGGAAGUUUACUGCCACGGUAUCUCAGACCAUCCUCAAGUAACAUCAAAUUACGAAGAUUAUUAUCAUUUUGUACAUUUCAUUGCGAAAAACCGAAAAACUCAGAAUAGCAUUGUUUAGAUAUAUACUCAGCUAAAACUGACUGAGUGUUAUUUGUAUCGGUGGCACAGCUCGGUAAUUAGGCUUCUUCAGUUAAAGUUAGCUGGACAGCUAAUGCUUGGCGUCUGUUGAGUGGAAAUGUUCAAAGCAAAAAUACUCUUUAUUGGUCCCAGUGAAAGUGGGAAAACGGUUCUUGCUAAUUUUCUCUCUGACACAACAGAAAAUGUGGGAGGUGUAUACAGUCCUACUCAGGGAGUCAGGAUACUGGAAUACGAAUCACAACCUGAAGGCAGUGGUGACAACAAGACAUGUGAGGUUGAACUUUGGGACUGUUCAGGAGACUUCAAAUUUGAAUCAUGUUGGCCUGCACUCAUGAAGGACUCCAGCGGUAUGGUGAUCAUUUUUAAUCCAGAUGUUCCAAGCCACCUCAAAGAAAUAGAGACGUGGUAUUCGAUGUUCAUCUCCUCUCAAGGUUUGCAGGAAAAUCAGUGCUUACUCAUAGCUCACCACAAGCCUGGCAGCGGAGUACAAGACGGACGUCUGCCUUUAGGUGAUCCCACUGCAGGUCUCCCACAGCUGGUGUAUGAGUUAAUAACACUAUUACUAUUCUCAGCUAACAUGUUCAUUCUUUCUGUUGCAGCCUCCCACUUAAGCAGACUCCCACUUAUUCACUCCAACCUGGAGGAGGAACUGGAGGAUGUGAGACGAGCUUUCUGCAGAUACUUGGGAACUGUUAUAAAUACAAUGUCUGAGAGCCGGGAGCGAGAGGAGAUGUCGAUCAUUACAUAGCAGCACAAUUUAUAAAAUAUGCAGCUUAAUGCAGAUACAUUUUGUUGGCAUCUACAAUCUGUUUAAGAAACUAUUACAAACACUUCUAAUUUUUAAGUUAAUAAUUAUACAUCUUUACUGUGAUUCAGCUGUGCAUGAAAUCUCCCAAAACCCCUUUCAAACUUUAAUAGUUUCCUACAGUUAGAUGUUAUUGUUCAUUUUUGGCUUCUUACAUUUUUAUGUCUUUUUUGAAUAAACAUAUAUAACAUUA